AUGCGUGUGCUGUCCGGUGACGAAAGCCUUGGAAAGAGUGUUGCACGCUGUGGAGAUGCGGAUGUUGAGGUGGACGAUAAUUGUAACGCUGAACGACAAAUUAUCCAACGACACUGUACGCUCUUCGGCGUCGUCGCGAUAACCAAAAAGAUGAAGGAGGCGCGACUGAGAUGGUUUGGUCGCGUCUUGCGGGGAGAGAAAAAUUCUGUUGUCAAAACCGCUACGAAGCUCGACGUUUCAGGCCAAGGAUUUGCUGGUUGGACCACGUGA